AUGGAAGGAAGUCCAAAUUCAAACAACAAGACUACCCCAUAUCAGAAGAUCAGUGGCAGAUGCAGCGGCAUCGACACCGGCAGCAGGAGGUUGUCCACGAGAUUCAAAGGAGUGCUUCCACUCGAAAGUCACAAAUGGGGUGCAAGGAUUUCUUUCAAUUACAGAGCAUACUGGCUUGGAACAUAUUACACAGAAGAGGAGGCAGCCAUUGCUUAUGAUAGAGCAGCUCUCAAAUUGCUGAAAACCGACGCUUCCCUCAACUUACCUUACAAUAUUUACACACCUCAAGAGAAAUCAUUCCAGAGCUGGUACUCAGAUGAUGAGAUCCUGAACAUGAUCAAGGAUAAAACAUACUCAUCUCAUUUCACCGCCUUCCUUGUACAUCAAUCUCUGGCAAAGAAAACUCUACCAGGCAGCUUAAUAAACGCAAAGGGUCUCUCAUGUGAAAUGUUAUUCCAUAAGGAGCUGACACAAAUAGAUGUGAGUGACGCCGACCUGUUUCAAAUCCCCAAGGAAUACGCAUUGCAAUUCUUGCCCCCAGUUGGUAACAACAGUUCAGGGAAUGGAGUUCAAAUGGGAAGAGACUCCAUUGAUAUAACUUUCUAUGACAAAUAUUACAGACCCUGGACUUUCCGAUACUCAUAUUGGGGUAGAAUCAAGGUUUUUUUAUUCGCAAAAGGAUGGAGAGACUUCGUUAUAAUGAACAGCUUGAACCCUGGAGACACUGUCAUCUUCUAUGGAUGUUACCAUGUAGAUGAGGAGGGACAAAAAAGAAUGUUUUACAUGAUAGAUAUACAUCGAAAUGUCCCAGAAAAGUACAUUGUUGGUGAACGAUAUGUUGAUGGUAUUAAUGGGGUUAAGCUUUUUGGUGUCAGAAUAGGCUAA